AUGACCGAGCCAUCCACAACCAAAGAAGUCGACGAUCUUUAUCUUCAAAUGUCACCAUGGGGCGACUUCUUCGUAUGGACUUCACGGCGUACGUCUUACUUCUGGAGACCAACCAAAACAAUUUCCUUUGACGCUUUUCUUCCCUACUUCCCAAAGCACAUUCCCCUACCCGUUAGGCCUCCUAAGAUGCGAUGAACUGCGCACUAGUGUGAAGAUAAAAAUUCCGUAAAUGAGGUAUCAUGUCGCGUCAGAAUACUAAUCGUGGUGAUAAAUUCCACAUUCAUCCUUUAAACGCGCCAAUAAGUACGUGGGAUGCACUGGCGUAUACGCGUGGUGUCCAAGUUAGGACACGGGAUAGGGAACCCCAUGGAAUUUGGCGCGAGACUACCCGUAAUACUGGGGACCCAUAUUCCCGUGUCCGACCAUUUAUGCAAUCUUUGACUUCGAAAUACACAAGAAACGGGUGCAAAUGCACGCUGAGUGCAUCAGCACUAGCCUUUGAAAACACAAAUCUCCGAUUGCACUAUCCCCGAGAUAGUCUUCAAGCCACAAGGCGCUGUGGUUAUAGAAAUAUUUGCUCAGGAUUAGGUUGAAAACUUCUCGAGCCUUGUUCUUUGCACGGGGAGGGCGUAGGCCCUAAACGUAUCCCAGUCUCCGACAUUCGACUGGCAUUUGCGACACAGUAACGCAGGAGUCGCGCUCUCCAUAACCUUUCACUUUAGCUUGUGUUAAUGCUAAUAGACCCUGCUAUCGUCCUCUCCCACAUCAGCCCCUCCAGGACACAACUGCUAUCUGCUCAUUGUUCCCAAGUCAGUAUUAACUUCGUCAUGGCGCUAAAACUGCUACUGAAUUUCCGUCAUUACUAUAGUCUGGGUGACGUUUUCUUUCAGAAGAUUCCUUAAUGAGCUGUCUCGAAUUUCCUGGGCGAAGGCGGAUCUAUUUCGCACAACAAAGAUAAACUGAUAGAUUGUGUACCUAUUUCUAUGUCCAAGAGUAGCGGUCACCGUCUGCCUUUUUUUAAAUCCGCAAAUACAAAUGCCCGCGUUGUAACCCUUCAUUUUUUGCAUGGAAUGCUGGUUGUACAAAUUCCAAUUUAGCUAACUGCAAUUUCUAGUGCUUUUAAGCGUACUUCAUCCCUUCACCAUCAAAGAUAUCUUAAAUUCCGUUUGUUCUGGCUGGUUGCCCUGUAACUGUUGGCCCUAGUAACGACCAACCAGGCUAAAUUCACUGUCCGGAUGUACUUUUCGUAUCUAUUUGGCCAAAACCAGCAUAGUCAUUAUUUAUGCCUGUACAUAAACUCCGUUUGACACAAUCUACGGCGUCCGCUUCUGCCAGAGUAGUCCCAGUGGUGAUUUCAUAGUGGAGCAGGCUGCCGAUGCACCCAACUCACACACCUACCACCCCUAACAUAUUCCGUUGGCAGCACGACCGAGGGUGGGCGCGGACGCCGUGGCCGACAACGCCAAAGUGAAGUCUUUGCGUGCCGCGCAGACGUUAGUCCAUAACCCCUUCCUAACCAGUCUCCGAUGAGGGGGUCUCGGAUCUCUCACUAAAGAGUGUUGCCUUUAAACUCUCUUUAACAGAGUCUUUGCAGUCAACCCAUCAUUCCUGGGAAGGACCUAGUUGUACCGUCAGUUGGCAAUCUUCCAACUCUGGACUAUUAGCGCACCUGGUAACAAGGAACUUAGUCAUUGGAUCCGAGCUGGGUCGAUCUUUAUCUUUAAUACCUCCCCCAUCUUUCAGUAACUUUUACAAAUUAGGCCGACUGAAUAUGAUAUUGGUCGCAGGAUCGCGUGAAGUCCUACCUAAUGCUUGUUACACGCAUCAUCUUACCUAAAAUUACACACUACGCAUUAUCUUGGACGACGGAGACCCCCAGAUUGCCAACUUAUUAGCCGAUUUUGACGAACAGUCGACAUUUGCAGCUGGUUUUCUCGCCCAGUCUUAGCCUUAAAGAACAAGCUUUGAAGACUGAUCUGUAACUUUGCUCUUUGCUGUCUGCACGACAAUGAGUUUCCCAAAAUCCAACGCUCUCUUCUGUUUCCCUAUGCAUUAUGUUCAGAUGUACAGUGGCUCCGUAGGCGGCACCGUAUUUUUGGUCGCCUACUAUCACAAACUGGCAUUCGGUCUUCCUCUUCUGUGACCUCUGCCAAGACUACGUUGGCCGCGAUCCCGUCAGUCCGCCUCCCGCUGUGCCUGUCGCUGGAAGAGACUAGCCUUAUACUCUACCAAAGGAUAGCAAAGGGCCUUGAUAUUGUCAGACCUCUGACUGACCUCCAGCCCCCGCUGGUUAGCGACCUCGUCCUCUACGAUGAAGCCCUUGCGACUCACUUCGAAGAAAUGGUAAUUUUUUCAUGACUUCACGCCUAUCUCCAGUACGCUUACCACCUCUCUCUUUUUCCUUUUCUAUCUUCAUCUUGACCACCACUGGUUUAUCUUCCUUAUACAAGCGUUGCGUGAUUCGCCGACCCUUAAGAUAAGUUCGGACUUUGGAGCUAUAAGGACAGAUCCUCGUGAGUGACUUGCUGACUGUGUGGAUUACGGCUCAUCCGGACUUUUGUUUGAGAUGGCCAAAGUCCGCCAAGACAAAAACGUUAUCUAAAUGCUACGUGCAAGGACAAGGACGACUGGACUGGCCAUUUAUGUUGUUGUCGGCCGGCUAUAUCCCAACCCCGACCGAGAGGACUUGCGGUCUCAACCCUGGUCAUCUGUCAUCAAACAUUUGAGGCGGACGUGCAAAGAGACUGAGGAGGCUACGGGCUGGAGCUCAGAGGCAAAACGAACUGAGCGUGUGCUUUCUUUCAGUCAAAUCAGUCAAACACAGCUCAGGUAAACUAAGGGGUUGGUGUGCGCUUGUUACCGCAUGUGUGCGUACCCCAUGGUCAAAGAGGUCUGAAAGCGUGUGCUAUGCCAGUAUCAGCGAACCAUGGCCCUCACAGCCUAAUAUGCGCUGCCAGUUCCCUGACACCUGGUUCCCUGUCGGUAGAUGCGCUCGCGAUCCCGCUGGGCAUACAUGUGAUGGGUAUGGCUGCCCAAUUAUCCUCGUCCUUCUGACCCCUGUUGGGGUAUUUUUCGCUGCUGUUGGUCAAAAACUUGGUCGUUUGCUGUGUGGAUCAGGGAGUGCGGGGUGGAGCGCCAAGGCGCGGGCUCGACCGCGCCAUCCAUCUGCGCCCUCCUCCACCUCCGGUCAUAUUGACUCUGUCUUGACACGGGGUCUAGGUAGGGAGUGGAAAAGUGAGAGCGAGGUAGAUUCUGCGCAAGCUUUCUAUCAACAUAAACUAAUUCGCUCAUAAGUAACCGUGCAUGCUGCACCUUGCUGUAUAGCACACGGUGGACAACGUCGGAAAUGACGGUCGAACUGUCGUACGCACCUGAGCCCCAACGGCAGAUAAUACCGAUCGGCAAGGUGCUGAUUGACCUCGGUCCGAUAAAGUGCCUACAGCACAUUUAACAAACCUCCACCUAUGGAACGUCAGCGCCGGGUUUGCGUAUAUAUUUGUGUUCUUGGUCCUCAUCCGGACUCACCUCUGGUCGCUUUGAUGUUAUCUUGCGGUCGUAGAAGGGUGAGUGAGGGAGGAGAACGUGCGGCGGAUGCUGCGCAGGACCGUCCCAUCGCAAAAUAAUUCACCAGUGCUGCGCCCACUCCGUGAGAGGCACGCGGUGGGCGCCGUCGUCCGCGACGGUCAAACUGUCGUCCCUGGUGCCCACAACGGUUUGCAUUGCAGAUGCGCUGUACCAGAACGAGAGCCAGACUGGCUCAUGUAAUGUAUUUAUUGGGUUACACAGAGUUUGCUCGAGUCCAGUUCAGUUCAGUCUUAUUAAGGGAAUAUAGGCGAGCGUCUUUAAACUCCCUAUUGGUUACAAGUCGUUGGAGAAAAACAGUGAUAAAUGGAAAGUUGAAAAAAAGAUUUUGUACAUAGUUGCUGAAAGCUGCCAGAUAGUCGAAAAAGAAUAAUCAUGAACGGCUACUCACUGAUUGCAAGUAGUAUAAACGUGUAUAUGUUGAUGUCAGUUAUGUUAGUUGGUGUGAGGCUGGUAGUUGGGAAGCCUGAUAGGCGUCGAAUCUACACCUAAAGGAAUUCACACAGAAGGAGAGUACAACAUCGGUAGGCAGGACAUUCCACGCUGCAACCACUCUGUUACUGAAAAAGAACUUUGCUCCAUUGAUCCUUGCUUUCCCUGGGCGCAGUUUCAGGGGACGACCGCGCAAAGUAGGCUUCUUAGCUGGAGUGGAGAGUAAUCAGUGGGAUCUAACUAACAGUCCACGCCGUUGAUAAUGCGAAAUGUUAAUAUAAGCAUUACCAGUCCCAUCACGCAGUCGGACGGUCGACUGGUGUAUGAGAGAGAGGGAAGAGACUUGCGAGCCCAUCUUACCGGCAGGUCACCGCAUUCCUCAUCUGACGCGAUUAAAUCCGUCAGGACGCGAUAGGAGGCGUGGCUUGGAAGGUUGUCAAUUGAGGAGAUAACUGGGCCCUCAUCGAAGUACGCGGGUGUGUGUAUUUGGUCGUGUGAGGCACGUGUCAACGGGCUGCUUAACGUUUCGAGCCCCUCGCGCCCACAUCUCAUCGUCGUGCCAUUUUCUUGCCACCGCAGCAAGGUGGGUGAGGGACGUCUGUGAGCGCACCAGACGUUGCGCGAGUUUAAUUCACUAUAAACUCAUUUAGGAGCAAUUCACCCUUUGCUGCGCCCAGUCCGUGGCACGCGCAGUGGACACCGACCUUUUGACGGUCCAUCUGUCAAUUCUGGCCGGUGUCGUGAUUUCUGAAGUAGAAGCAAGCGGCCUCGAAUCAGCGCCGUCUCAGCCCACGCGUAUUUUUACCAAGAUCACUCAGACCCCAAAGUCUUCACGUGGUACUUUUCCUUACGAAUCUUCAUGAAAAUUAUUACCCAGUUUAGACCAUAUGAAUGCAAACGGAAUGGAAUCUUUGCUGUGCUUCUAUGGAAUUCUCCUCGAUAAGUAACUUUUGGCGUCUUGGAGGAGCACCCCCAUGAUUUUUUUGAAAGUAGAGUUGCAGUGGGCAAUGUUUCCACCUUGUAUGCACAUCAGCCGCAAGAUUUUUAAGAUGCACAUGCCAAAAACCAAACUCCUUGUGUUCUUUCGCACUCUCCCGCAGACGGAGGUUUACAAGGCCCAGAAACGACAGCGAAUGCUUAGUUACUAUGGCGAAAUGCUUGCUGGGCAAAGAAAACGGCGGACACGUCGCUCUGGACAGCACCCAUCCAACACCGAGCCUGUUGACAAGGAGGAGACACAGAACGAUACUCAGGUCGAUGAAUUUGGUAAGUCCCAACUAUCACCAACAUCAGCAUAAAAUAGAACUCAUUUACGAGUCCGACAUAUGACUCCAGCCGUCUCUCACGGGUAAUUGAAGUAGGAACAGGACGCUAGAGAUUAAAAGAACCGUUGGGUUUUGGGCAGUUAACCACAGUGGGAGAGAAGGAGUGGAGGUGCGGAACUGGCAAAGGAUGUGGGAGUCAGCAAAUUAUUGGGCUUACAACUGAAGCCGGCCGUGAGGUUAAUUUACAGUAUUUUCUGCCGGUUGCCGUCGGUACUUGCACGCUUAAAAAACUGGGAAGUUCAAAGCCUAUAGUGUCGACUGGGGAGGUCAAUCGAAGUCUUGCCAUUUACCUGACGGACACUAAGCCGAAAACUGAAAUAGAUUGGGCCUAACAAGUUGGCGAAGUAACGCUAAGGCUAGCUGUCUUGCCUCGAGCGCAUGCACCCAGAAAACAAAAGCAUUUGUACGUAGCUUUUUAGAUGCUUCAAUUGCGUGCACAACCAUUUGUUAAAACUUUUCAUCGCUAUUCAACUGCUUGUUAUUAUCGUAAUUUGGGUCUCAGAGUGCACUCAUACCUGUUGACAUCAGUCAUUCUAAUGAAAAGAACGGCCGGAUUACCAAGAUCGCAGAGGAAGUUGUGAGCAUUCGUAGAAGUUUCUGAGGGAUCAGAUAGCGGCGAGGUCUCCUGUUCCGUACAAAGAAAGUGCCUCACACGACUCACUUGGGACCUACAGUUUCGAGUAAGAGCGCCCGUGACCUACUCAGCUUCAGUGGGAAAGAAGGUUGAGAAUAUGUGAAACUAUGACCAAAUCCAUCCAGCUCGAUGACUUGAUGAACUGUUGGCCCGAGAAGGAUCAGUGUUUUGGACAACUGAUGCCUCUAGACUACGUCUUGAACGUGGAAUCUUACCACCAAUUGGUGUCGACACAGUGAAAGCCUGUUGUCCCAACUGGUUCAACCCCGCACUCCUUCUGCCUGAGGUAGAGCUCAUCCCUGACACCGGUUCCCCCAACCCCUGCUUGUCUUUGCGCUGACAACUCGGUGGCCAGGUUAAGAGUUUCCGAGGUGUGGAUUCGGACUCGGAGAAGACACUUAUGUGGCCCCACUGGGCAAACGGGAGCCAAGGCCUCCUGUAAUACGUCAAUGGCAGUAAUAAGAGUUUCAUGGGUAGAGUAAAUGAAACCGACGGAUAGCUGUUUUCGGGCAGCAAGAGUAAAAGACCUGCAUCUACACCAUUGGCAUGUUUGAAUACACUAAUGAAGCGUUGAAGUUGAAGCUCGCAAUUCGAAAUACAGGAAGUUAGGAGAUGUUAACGGGCGGAAAAAAUGAAAGCCGAAGGUAUUGGCUAGAUAUUCUGGGUGAAUUGAUAUCAGUCCGUGAUGGAAAAUCAUAUUUAAGGAGAAAGUGUGAAGAAUAUGCCGUUAAAUCCAAUUCGUGAUGACCGCGGCUGAAGAAAUUACUAAAUUUGACAAUGUUGAUAGCCUACCCCCGAACCUAAACCCAACCUCUCAUUCUAACCUUCGACCGUAACACUAACCUCCAACCGAAAUGCCAACCCAUAACCUCCUAACCCUAAGCCGAACGCUGUCCCUAAUGGCAACACGUUAGAGAGGCGUGGCCGGAAAUGAGCGAAAGAAGGGGGUUUAAAUUAAGUCUACACAAAUGACACACGUAGGUAUUUCAUAAAGAUAAGGACUACGCUUGGCCACAUAUUUGGUCAUCACCGACACUCUACCCGACGGUCAUCGGCAUUUAACGGUGAAACAUCACCCAGACGUUGCUUGAUAAAGACCCUGUCGGGGAUCGCAGGAUAGGGGCUCCGAUGGUUCAUGAUGUAAAUGACUCUGGAGCCGGCUAAACCAGCAUUGGUGACUGGAAAAGAUUAUUUAAUGAGGGUUGUUAUUAUUAAUUAUCGUGCAGCAUAAUCCUAAGAUAUUUCAUUCACGCCAGAAUGCCGGUUUUUGAAUAAGUUCUUCGGCCGUCUGCAAAAACUACAUCGUAAAACUACUACUUAAGUAGUGUGUUUUCCCCAUUGAUUUCCGAUGCCCUUAUGAAUUUAAACAUGCUAUAUAGAAAACAUGGACAAAAAUACUCUUCAUUCUACUUAUUUGGUAGCAAAUUGGGUCUUUUUAAAAUUUUAUUUUUGAGGGGAGCGUAUCUUAAAAUACUUUUUUGCCCCACCAACAUUCAAGGCUAACAAACUGCAUGCCGUAUACAUUUCAUCAAAGGAAUGUCACACAUUUCCAUGCGCUGUUAGGAAGGCGUCAUGUAGCACUAAUAAAACUGUGUAAUGCUACUUUACAAGUAGCAUUGAUAAACGUGCUGGCGCGAUGCUGCGUGAAUAGACAUUUCACGGUCUUAGAAAAUCGGUAUGACUGACUUAUGUGCCCCCCCCCCCAAGCAGGGCAUAGGAAUAGGUACGCCCCACCCAAGUAAUAAAGGUGAGCCUGCGCAUAAUUCCGGAAAAAGCAAAAUAUUCCCGGGGAUACAGUAGACCUAUAGUCACAUCCUGAAGUAAUUAUCUCAUCCAGGUGUUCGAAUCUCCAAGAAGCGCCUGAAGAAACUUCUACGUCGUCGGAAGCGUCGGCGAACGCAAUUGGAAGACCAUUCUAUCGAUUAUAUGGAUGACGAAAGCAGCGAGAGCGCCUUCGAUUCGCCUGAGCAGCAGGAUGAAGAGGAGGCGGUUAAGGGAGAAAACUCCUUACUCGGGACGCGGCAGCCGACCUUGGACGAGUUGAUCACCGACAGCUACGCUAGCGGUAGCCAAUCUUCGAUCGAACAGCUGCAUGCCUAUGUCCCCAUCCACCGGCCCCGACCUACUCCACGGGAAUGGCGGCGCCAUGGUGAACAUCAACAGGUGGAUGUGCCUGAACAUCUGCACGCCGAAGGCCUCCCCGCAAGUAGGAAAAGCCAUUUAUGACACUUGACACACCUCUUUGCACUUUUUUAAAUUGUCGUGCAGCCAACUAGUUCCUCUGAUUACAAUCUACCUUAGGUUCUAGCUGAAACCUCACUUCAUUCGCAUGAAAUUGUUUGGCGUUUUCAGUUGUACGCUGGCUCAUCGCACUGUCCUCAAAGGCCCGAACGGGUGCUGCCUGCUCCUCGGACUCAGCGGCACCUGAAGUGGAUGAAGAAAAGGUCAUUUUAAAGUGUCGCGUCUUCGCGGAUCUCUGGUCCAGGGGCUUCUGCGUGACCGGCUCGGCCAUGAAAAUGGGUGGGGACUUUCUUCUGUACCCAGGUAAGGACUGCGAUCUGACUGUGAUUUGGUAGAGCAGCCGGCAAGAACGCAGUUUACGAUCCCACUCGGAACAAAAGCUAGGUCAUCAGGGCAUACUGCGUCCUCGCAUUUUCGAUAAUUGACGCUUCCGCACUUUCGUAACUAGGUGAAAUGUAAUUUACUUUUAUUGUGAAAACAAACUGGAAGAACCGGGAAAAGUGCUCGACUUUUGCCUACACAGUCAGAUAUAGUGACAAUCUCAUCAGUCCUCGCGGAUCGGGUUCUUUUGUAGGAAUCUGUAGAGAAAUUUAAUGCGAAGACACAAUAUGCCACCUCAGCAUUUAUCCCAAUGUUUAACUACUAUCGCGCUCUCUUUUCCGCCGCUUAGCCCCACCCAUAAAACCCGUGUUACACGAUGUUCUAGUUUUUGUUCCCUAACUGGGGUCUCAUGCUGCGUCAUUGCCAAGCAGCCAGUGUUAGUGGUUUUUCUGAAUUAUGAGUUACGAGUGAUCUUAUCAGCAUACCUCUUCUUACCAUGCCUGCGUAGUCUACUUCACCUUCCGGCCUCGGGUUAAUGCCAGCCAAUCAGACUGCCGUGGCGCCCCUAAGGGUGAGACUUUGCGAAAACUGUAUGGUUUGACGUCACUUGUGUGAAAUGUUUUGCCUAGCGAUCAUGUACAGUGCGUGAACGAUCUCAGGAAAUGUUGGCCGAAACUCUGAAAUGCAUUUUUGAUUAGAAAGGAUUACCCAGGUAGGGUUGUAAUGUUGCUUAUCAAACAACAAAAUCCCAUAGUAUUUUAGACUCACCAUGAAGUCGGCUUUUAAAUGCCCUUCCUGUCGACCUCCCAUAACAGCCACACUUGGUAAAAAAUGGCUACUUAAGUAGCAUGCAUUUUUCACAUUUAUUUUCGAUGGUCAUAUAAAUUCAAAUAUUUCUUAUGGAAAACAUGCACAACAAUAUGCUUUCUUUUACUUGUUUGGUAGAAAAUAACAUUGUCUUUACAUUUUAUGCCAGAAAAAGGUGUAUAUUUAGGUUCUAAAAGAGUUUCCUUAUUCCCCACUAACUUUGGGUCAGAGCAGCCGUUGCAUUACCAUUUAGCAAUUCCAGUCUACAAGCAGCAUGCUCUCCGUACAAAAAAAGUAAUAUAUUCCUCUAUGCCUUUAAGAAGAUACCAUGUUGAGUUCAUAAAAUUUUGCAAUGGAUGUGGACUACGUUGUACGUUUCACGAGGAGCAUUGGUAAACGGAGAUGUGCGACGCUGUUUGUAUGGAUAUCGCACGGUCUUAAAAAUCUCAUAAUUAGAAACUUUUUUAAAACCUAAAUAUACACCUUUUUCUGGCAUAAAAUGUAAAGACAAUGUUAUUUUCUACCAAACAAGUAAUAGAAAGCAUACUUUUGUGCAUGUUUUCCAUGAGAAAUAUUUGGAUUUGUAUGACCAUCGAAAAUAAGUGCGAAGAACACAUGCUAAUUAAGUAGCCAUUUUUUUACCAAGUGUGGCCUUUAUGGUUGGUCGAAAAGAGGUGCAUUCAAAAGCCGACAUUCGGGCGAGUCUGGAAUACUAUCGGAUUUUGUUGCUUGAUAAGCAACAUUACAACCCCACCGAGGUAAUCCUUCCUAGUCGAAAACGCAUUUCAGAAUUUCGGCCAACAUUUCAUGAGAUCGGUCACGCACUGUAUCAUGGAGGGACCAUUACAAAAAAAGUUUCGCACACCUCACGAAGUCUGAUAAAUACGAAUGGAAACUCAAUGAAAUCAUGACUGAGAUGCAUCCAGAAGACUACCGUUGCAUAACAGUAUAAACCCUCGAUACUACCGAAGAUGCUAGUUGCAUAGUUGCAGUUGAGAAGACGGAAAGGGGAACACUGGAACAAGAGUUUUAUUCACUUAGCGUUUCGGAUUCACAGUCGGACCCCUAAUCAGAGACGGCAUCAGACUGUCGCAGCACCUUAAGCCGCAGUGAGACCCUAGUCAUUACGACCUUCAGACUCGGUCCCGAAUAGAAAGAGAAGGAGUGGGACGUCAUGUGCAAGAAUAGUGUAUUCUGCGCAGAAUAACUGGAGACGGUAUUGGAGAGAGUUGGCAGUCGAACAAGGAUACGUCAGGCGCCGGGAGAGCGGCGUCCCGAAUGAGAGCGGGAUGUGCGUCACAGCACCUCAAUCGAGAGCACAUCUGAUUCGGCCUCGAUGAUUGGCCAGUUGGAAAGCUGUGAGCGGGCGAAAAGACCAUUAUCUGUUGGUAUGUCUAAUUACGGUUUCGAGUGUGACAAUCUGAGGUGUCAGUAGUCGAGAGGCAUUAACAACCAGCUGCAGGUGCUAUAGGCCGGAGCUCCAAGCUAGGACCGAAUGGCUCUAUUCCGCCCUGCAAUCAGACCCAACCGAUGGACGCCACUCCCACAUGGCCCUAGCCGGCGGCGUGCUAGCUCGUCUUUUGCGGGUUAGUGUCUGUUUCAGUGACUAAUUAAUCUCGCGUCUGCGCAGCCGGAGGUUGGGGUUUGGCUGGCUGAUGGACUGCGUUCAAACCGAAAGUGGUCAUUUCACUUGUCCAUGUUAUCGCCAGUACGACUUCUCAAUUACUUACCCACCUUCACUUCGAUAAACCUCUUCUGAAGUCCGGGCAGGAAUUCCAAGACAGAAAGGGACUUUCGCGGUUCGUCCUGCGGUCCUACUAGGUCGCUGUUUGGUACUCCUGCGUGGCCUAGAUUAUCAACUACUACAGUAGGUGGGAUAACUCAUGAAAUGUCAGCCGAAAUUUCGAAAUGCGCUCCCGUUUCGAAAAGAUUAAUUAAGUAGGGUUGUAAAACUAAUCAUCAUGCGACAUAAUUCUCCAAUAAUCCGGUUACCUCAGGGUAUAGGCUUUCGAAUGAACUUCUUUCCGACUGCAUGCAAGAACUAUACUCUGCGAAAAAUGACUGCUUAAGUAGCAUGCAAUUUUGUCAAUGAUUUUCAAUGCCCUAAAAAAGUCAAUUAUAUUCCAUUGAAAUCAUGCAUAAAAAUAUGGAUUAUUUUGUUCAUUCGGUGGGAAAUUACGCCUUCUGCCAACUUUAUACUCAAAGGAAGGGUAUAAUUCGGUUUUAAAAAAAGUUUCUGUGCGAUUUUUAAAUACCGUGAAAUGGCCAUUCAUAAAACGUCAUGUCUCUGCAUUUACUAAUGUGGCUUAUAAUGUUAACAAUAUGGCUCAAAUCCACUGCUAAAUUUUAUGAACCCCACAUGGUCUUCUCUUAAUACCGUAGAGAAAUGUAUGGUUUUCCAUGCGCAGAAAAUAUACGGCUCAUAGUUUGGAAACCCUGAAUGCAAGAGUAACGGCAGGUCGGGUUCAAAAUUAUUCGGGAAUUGGAAGAGUUUUUGAAAACCGAAUCAUACCCUUCCUUCGAGUAUAAAAAUGGAAGAAGACGUAAUUUUCUACCGAAAGAGUGAAAGAAUGAAUAUUUUUAUGCAUGUUACCCAUGAAAUAUAAUUGACUAUUUAAGGGCAUUGAAAAUCAAUGACAAAAUUGCAUGCUACUUAAGCAGUUAUUUUGGACAGACUAUAGUUCUUGCAUGCAGUCGGAAGGAAGUUCAUUCGAAAGCCUACACCCUGUGGUAACCGAAUUAUUGUAGAAUUAUGCUGCAUGAUGAUCAGUUUUACAACCCUACUCAAUUAAUCUUUUCGAAACGGGAACGCAUUUCGAAAUUUCGGCUGACAUUUCAUGAGUUAGCCCACCUACCGCAGAAUGCUCUUCUGUUGAAAACGUUUUUUUCCUAAAUACGAAUGUUGCCCUUGUCAAAUUUACACAAUAGUCUUGUGCAUGCGCGUGUCUGGCUGAAUCGGCUUACCCCUUCUCCGACUAACCUGCUCACUCUCCCCUAUCCCCUCCAAGGCGACCCCCUCUUCUACCAUGCAAGCCAUAUCGUCUGUGUGGCCACCGCCACGAGCCAACUUAAACUCGCUCAACUUUCAACCUCCCUGCGGAUAGCCAACAGUGUGCGCAAGGUGCUUCUUCUAGCAACAUCGCCCCUCGAGGCGGAGGAGCAGCCGAUCAUGUAUACUUCUUUAUACUGGACCGGUUCAAAUAGUCACAUCAACCCCAUUCUGUAA